AAAAAGGAAGGAGGAAAGAUUCUUUCAAGUUGGCAUAUUGUUUCUACAAUCUUGCCUUGCCAAAUCUCCAUAUCUGUAACUCGAAUGGUUGGAGAACAUAAGACUCUAAAAAACUCACUAAUCUCAAUAAGUGCUUCCCAAACUUGCUUUGGUAGAAAAUCACGGAAUGCAAUUGAAAGGAGACUUUGCAUGAAUAUGUGACAAUCAUGACUCUUCAUCCCACUAACUUUCGCCUCUUGUGUCACGCCCCAGAACCCAAAUCCGAGGCGCGACAGAUGCCGUGCACUCGUGAGACGGGUCCCACAAGUGCACAAGGCUCGAAACUUAUUCAAAUCACAAACUAAUACCAUCAAAAUCUGAAGAUCAAAAUUUAUAAUUUGCUCCAAUAUCAUAAAUCUCCAAUAAAGUCGAGUUUACAAUAUCACGAUUUAUUUCUAAAAUCUAUGUCAAUCUCAAAAUGGCUAGCCUUCUAACUCGUCACUUCCCGUGGUUUCCCGUCCUCGGUUUCACUUCCUGAAAUGGUGGACAAGGAAAACUAUGAGAUAAACUCAGUAAGUAAAUAUGGAUAGCCCUUGGGUAAAACUUUUAACAUGUCAGAUAAACCAUGUAAGUAUAA